AUGGCCACAGACACCAGGAUCCGCUCAAGUGUGCUGAGCAGAGGCUGUCGCUGCAGCAAACGGGACGGCUUACCACACGAUUGCCGCUGUCCACCAGAACUCAAGGGUGACAGUCCACAGAUUGGCGCUGGAGACCAUCCAUGUCCUCCGCCGGAGCCACAGUUCCAGCAGGGUGCUGGAGCCGGAGACGCCUCUCAGGACUACUGCCAGCAGAUGCCUUCAGACGGCUACUACAGUGGUGGCUCUGUCCCCACCACACCCCGAGACGCAGCUAUGCCCCAAGGGCAGAAUGCACAGUUCGGAAAUCAGGGAGAUAACGAACCACAGCACCAGGGGCACAGCAAUCCGGGAAUAGGACACAAUCCACAUAACAGUCCUUUGGACAAUGCUGUCUAUAGUUCUGGCGAUAACCAGGUUACUGAUGCCACUCAUCACCAUAAUAAUCCAGGCCAUAUGAACAAUUUUGGAAACCCUGGUAGCCAAGUGGAUGGAGCUGGUAAUUUUCCUCAUGUACACUCUGACAAUCCACAUGGACAGUUUGUACCUGCUCAGGGUAAUCCUCAUUCACUCAGCAGUCCUCGUGACGCAGUUCACAAUAACCCACAUCACAUGAGUCAUGGCAAUCCAGGAACCGAAAUUUCACAUGGAAAUCCCCAUCAAAUGAAUCCUAAUUACCCCCAUGGAAACCCCCAUCAAGCUGAACAUGGUAACCCCCACAAUCCUGGUCACAACAAUCCAGGAACUAUCAAUAAUCCGUACCAUGCUCGACAUGAGAAUCAAAUGAAUUUCAAUAACCCACACUCAGGCACUCAUGGUAAUCCUCAUGCCCCCAAUACUGUCAAUAACCCACAUAUGACACACAACCCUGGGCCAAUGGAGAUGUCAAAUAAUCCUGGUACUCAUAUACAAGGACAAACUAUGGGGAAUCCCCAAGCAAUGAAUCCUGGCCACCCACAUCAUGCUGGUCAUGGAAAUCCACAUCAAAUGAACCCUCAUUCUGGUCAUGGAAAUCCCCAUCAAAUGAACCCUCAUUCUGGUCAUGGAAAUCCCCAUCAAGCGAAUCCCGGUCAUGGAAAUCCCCAUCAAGCGAAUCCCGGUCAUGGAAAUCCCCAUCAAGCGAAUCCCGGUCAUGGAAAUCCCCAUCAAGCGAAUCCCGGUCAUGGAAAUCCCCAUCCAAUGAACCCUGGCCACCCACCUCAUACCGGUCAUGGAAAUCCCCAUCCAAUGAACCCAGGCCACCCACCUCACGCUGGCCAUGGAAAUCCCCAUCCUGGUCACAUGCCACAUCAUGGCACAAGUAUGCCAUAUGAUGCAGGUGCCGCUGGAGAGACCUCGACUUAUGGUAACCCUCAUGGACAGUAUUCAGGCAAUCCACAUGGAGUAAAUACUCCAAAUCCAGGUCAUACUCAUGGUAACCCAACAGAAAGCCAUAAUCCUCAUUCAGGUUAUCAGCAUAAUAACCCUCACCAGACCUCAGGCAACCCUAGCAAGGCACCAGACUAUCCAUAUGAAGGGUACCCACCACAGGUACUGCCCCCAAGUCCUAAGCAUAAUCAGAUGUACCCAUCUCACGCAGCUCACGGACAUCACAACCCUGGUACAGCUCACCAGUUUAAUGCAAACAAUCCUGGAUAUGCCCAUCACAUGGGGCAUCAUGAAAGCUAUGGCCAACAGUAUCCACCAAAUGCUAAUAACAUGCACAACCAUCCAAACAACCAACAUUACCCACAUUCAGGCAACAUGCAUAACAAUCCAAACCAAAUGUUCCAACAUAAUAUGACCCACUCUCAUUCUCAAGGUGAUGUUGUCCAUAAUCCACAUCAAUAUAAUUAUCAACACAAUCCCAACGUGCAUGGGGGAAAUCCUCAUUACGGCCAUCAGGGUACAUCUGGCGCUGGUGUUCACAAUCCUGGUACCCACAUGGGACAUCCACACAAUCAGGGACCACAUGAUACCAUGGGAAAUCCUCAUAUGGGGCACCAUGGCUACCCACAAAACAAUAUGCAGGGUGGUUUCAAUCCUCAUGCUUCACCUAGUCAAGUCCAUAAUUUCGGCAUGCAUGGCAAUCCAGGUCAGUGGAAUGCAAACCAGGGAUACCAACAAUUCCAAGGGCAACAUGGCUAUGGGAACCACCCUGGUGGCGGUCAGAUGAAUACAUUUAACAAUCCAUCACAUUAUGGUAACCAGGCAGCAUAUUAA